CGUGGCUGUGUGCAGGGUGUGCGCGUGGGGACAACGGGCAGCGCGGUGACACUGGAGGUGGCGACAGCUGCACGGGUGAAUGUGGAGGGGGGCUGCUCUCUGCCCGACCCCUGCGACUCGGGGCCGUGCCCACCCCACAGCUACUGCAGUGACGACUGGGACAGCUUCUCCUGCAGCUGCCACCCGGGUUACUUCGGUGACAGCUGCAUCAGUGCCUGCGCCCUCGACCCCUGUGAGCACCGGGGCAGCUGUGUGCGCAGAGCAGGUGCCCCCCAUGGCUACGCCUGCGAGUGUCCCCAGGGCUACUUUGGGCCGUACUGCGAGCACAGGGUGGACCAGCCGUGCCCGCGGGGCUGGUGGGGACACCCCACCUGCGGCCCCUGCAGCUGCGACGUCACCAAAGGCUUCGACCCCGACUGCAACAAGACGACAGGCGAGUGCCGCUGCAAGGAGAACCACUACCGCCCGGCGGGCAGUGACACCUGCCUGCUGUGCGACUGCUACCCCACCGGGUCCCUGUCGCGCCUCUGCGAUGCCACCAGUGGGCAGUGCCCCUGCAAGCCCGGCGUCAUCGGGCGGCACUGCGACCGCUGCGAUAAUCCCUUCGCCGAGGUGACGGUCAGCGGCUGUGAAGUCAACUAUGACAGCUGUCCCCGUGCCAUCGAGGCCAGCAUCUGGUGGCCGAGGACACGCUUUGGGCUGCCCGCCGCCGCCCCGUGCCCCAAGGGCUCCAUUGGCACAGCGGUGCGUCACUGCGACGAGCACAAGGGCUGGCUGCCCCCCAACCUCUUCAACUGCACCUCGUUGGCCUUCGCCGCCCUCAAAGGCUUCGCGGAGCGCUUGGUGCGCAACGAGUCGGUGCUGGACACGGCGCAGUCGCAGCGGGUGGCGCUGCAGCUGCACAACGCCACCCGGCACACGGCCGCCUACUUCGGCAGCGAUGUGCGCCUGGCUUAUCGGCUGGCGGCGCGGCUGCUGCAGCACGAGAGCGCCCAGCGGGGCUUCCGUUUGGCGGCCACGCAGGACGUCCACUUCACCGAGAACCUGCUGCGGGUGGGCAGCGCGCUGCUGGACGCCAGCAACAAGCGGCACUGGGAGCUGAUCCAGCAGACGGAGGGCGGCACGGCGUGGCUCCUGAAGCACUUUGAGGACUACGCCAGCGCCCUGGCACAGAACAUGCGCCAGACCUACCUCAGCCCCUUCACCAUCGUCACCCCCAACAUCGUGGUGUCAGUGGUGCGGUUGGACAAGGGCAGCUUCGCGGGCGCACGGCUGCCACGCUAUGAGGCUCUGCGAGAGAAGCCCCCCGACCUGGAGACCACCGUCAUUCUGCCUGAGAGCGUCUUCCGGCCCCCUGAGGGCAGGCAGGCUGCAGGGGACGAGGAUGAGGACGAGGUGACCCUGGUGACUCGGCACAAGCGGCACCCGGAGCCCAGCGAGGGCCAGGCCAUCGCCAGCGUCAUCAUCUACCGCACGCUGGCAGGGCUGCUGCCCGAGCAGUACGACACCGACAAGCGCAGCCUCAGGGUGCCCAAACGCCCCAUCAUCAACACGCCGGUGGUGAGCAUCAGUGUGCACGCUGCGGCAGGGCAGGCGCCGCGGGCGCUGGAGAAACCCAUCACACUGCAGUUCCGUCUGCUGGAAACACAGGAACGCUCCAAACCCAUCUGCGUCUUCUGGAAUCACUCAUUGCUGGCAGGCGGUGCGGGCGGCUGGUCGGCGCGGGGCUGUGAGGUGGUGUUUCGGAACCAGAGCCACGUCAGCUGCCAGUGCAACCACAUGACGAGCUUCGCCGUGCUCAUGGACAUCUCCCGGCGCGAGAACGGGGAGAUUCUCCCACUGGCGGCGCUGACCUACGGCUCGCUGGGCGUGGCGCUGGCGGGGCUGCUGCUGGCCGUGCUGGUGCUGAGCGCCCUGCGGGGGCUGAGCUCCAACCGUCACAGCAUCCGACGGCACGGCGCCUGCGCGCUGCUGCUGGCACAGCUCGUCUUCCUGCUGGGCAUCAACCAGGCUGAGCUGCCGCUGGCAUGCACGGUGGUGGCCAUCCUGCUGCAGUUCCUGCACCUGAGUGCCGUGGGCUGGGCGCUGCUGGAGGCUCUGCACCUCUACCGGCGCCGCACCGAACCCCGGCACGUCGACCGUGGGCCCAUGCGCUUCUACCACGUGCUGGGCUGGGGGCUCCCCGCCUUCAUCACCGGGCUGGCUGUGGGGCUGGACCCCGAGGGCUACGGGAACCCUGACUUCUGCUGGCUCUCCAUCCAUGACAGCCUGGUGUGGAGCCUGGCCGGGCCCAGCGCCUGUGCCGUGGCGGUUGGUGUCUUCUUCCUCGUGCUGGCAGCCAGGGCGUCCUGUGCCACCCCCCAGGGCUUCGAGAAGAAGGGCACGAGCUCCGGGCUGCAGACAGCACUGGUGGUGCUGGUGCUGCCCAGCCUGGCCUGGCUGCUCGCCCUGCUUGCCGUCAACAGUGAUGCCAUCCUCUUCCACUACCUCUUCGCCAUCUCCAACUGCCUCCAGGGCCCCCUCUUUUUCCUGGUGUGCGUGGUGCUGAGCCGGGAGGUGCGGCACUGCCUGCGCUCCGCCUGCGCCCGCGCACAGAGCCCCGACCCCGCGUUGGCCACCAAAUCCACGCUGACCACCGCGUACAGCUGUGACACCACGUACGUGGCCGGCCGGCUGUACCAGGCUCCCUGCGGGGACUCCACGGGAUCGCUGCACAGCGCGGCCAAAAGCCAGCACAGCUACAUCCCCUUCGUGCGCAGGGAGGACGCGGGGCUGAACGGCGGCCGCGUGCCGGCAGAGCAGGGGGGGCUCCUGGACACUGCGGACGCGCAGCACGAGCACGACACCGAUUCCGACAGCGACCUGUCCCUGGAGGAGGAUCCCAGCGGCUCCUACGGCUCCACGCACUCCUCGGACAGCGACGACGAACCCGGCGGCACCGCCUGGGAUGCGCUGCUGCGGCCCGAGCAGCCGCCCACACCCAGCGGUAA